CUUUGAUUGUUGUCUUCUUACGGAACAUACUUUCAGUCUAUCGUACUGAACUCGAGAUUACUCAGCUCUUCGGAACAUAAAAGCAAGAAAAUAUGCAGAUUCUAUUAAGACCAGGAACUAUCUUUCGAAAGUAUACAAAAAAACCAUAUCGUGUUUUCUCCCUUUGUAAGAAGAAUCUAUCAUCUUCAUCUGAUAACGGCGAAAAGCCUAAACCUUUAGAGGGUAAUAACAACAGACAAGUCGUCAACGAGAUUUGCAAAGUUCUCUCGAGUGGUCCGUGGGGACCUUCCUCCGAAACUGCGCUCUCCUCUCUAAACUUGACUCCUCAACCAGAGUUGGUCAUUAGUGUAUUACGUCGUCUGAAAGAUGUUAACCUCGCAAUUGAUUACUUCCGUUGGUUCGAGAGAAGAACCGAGCUUCCUCACUGUCCUGAAUCCUACAACUCGUUGCUCUCUUUAAUGUCUCGUUGCGGAAAGUUUGAAUCUUUGGAGCCUAUCCUCGGAGAAAUGAGCGUUGCAGGGUUUGGCCCGUCUGUCAACACAUGUAUAGAGAUGGUUGCUAGCUGCGUUAGGGCCAACAAGCUCAAGGAAGGUUUUGAUGUGUUGCAGAUGAUGAGGAAGUUCAAGUUUCGACCUGCCUUCUCAGCUUACACCACUCUCAUCGGCGCUCUCUCAGCCGUUAAUCAUUCCGAUACGAUGCUGACUCUCUUCCAGCAGAUGCAGGAGUUAGGAUACGAGCCGACGGUUCAUCUCUUCACGACGUUGAUCCGUGGUUUCGCUAGAGAAGGGAGAGUUGACUCCGCUUUGUCCUUGCUUGAUGAGAUGAAGAGCAGCUCUCUUGACGCCGACAUUGUUCUUUACAACGUCUGUAUAGAUUGUUUCGGUAAAGUGGGGAAAGUUGAUAUGGCUUGGAAGUUUUUUCAUGAGAUGGAAGCGAGUGGUUUGAAGCCUGAUGAAGUCACUUACACCAGCAUGAUUGGAGUUCUCUGCAAGGCCAAUAGAUUGGGCGAAGCUGUGGAGAUGUUUGAGCAUUUGGAGAAGAGCAGACGCGUACCUUGCACUUACGCUUACAACACAAUGAUUAUGGGUUACGGCUCGGCUGGAAAGUUUGAGGAAGCGUACAGUCUGUUAGAGAGACAAAGAGCCAAAGGGUCUAUACCGAGUGUGAUCGCUUAUAAUUGCAUUCUCACAUCCCUGAGGAGAAUGGGGAGAGUGGACGAGGCGUUGAGAUUGUUUGAAGAGAUGAAGAAAGAUGCUGCACCGAACCUUUCAACCUAUAACAUUCUCAUUGACAUGCUGUGUAGAGCUGGUAAGCUUGACUGUGCUUUUGAGCUGCGUGAUUCAAUGGAGAAGGCUGGUUUGUUUCCUAAUGUCAGGACUGUGAACAUAAUGGUUGAUCGGCUAUGUAAAGCGCAGAAGCUUGAUGAAGCUUGUGCUGUAUUUGAGGAGAUGGAUUAUAAAGUUUGUACACCAGAUGAGAUUACGUUUUGCUCGCUUAUAGAUGGUUUAGGGAAGGUAGGGAGAGUUGAUGACGCUUACAAAAUCUACGAGAAGAUGUUGGAUGCUGAGUGUAGGCCUAACUCUGUUGUCUACACAUCUCUCAUAAGGAGCUUCUUCAACCAUGGUAGAAAAGAAGAUGGACACAAGAUAUACAAGGAGAUGAUUCAUCAGAAGUGUUCUCCUGAUUUGCAGUUUCUUAACACAUACAUGGACUGCAUGUUCAAAGCUGGUGAGCCUGAAAAGGGAAGAGCUAUGUUUGAGGAAAUAAAAGCUCGUGGUUUCGUCCCUGAUGCUCGAAGCUACUCGAUAUUAAUCCAUGGACUGAUCAAAGCAGGGUUUGCUAAUGAGACUCACGAGUUGUUUUACUCCAUGAAGGAGCAAGGCUGUGUGCUGGACACGCGUGCUUACAACAUCGUCAUUGAUGGUUUCUGCAAGUGUGGGAAAGUUAACAAAGCUUAUCAGCUCCUGGAGGAAAUGAAGACGAAAGGUUUAGAACCGACUGUUGUUACGUAUGGUUCAGUCAUUGAUGGACUUGCCAAAAUAGAUAGGCUAGAUGAAGCUUAUAUGCUCUUUGAGGAAGCGAAGUCAAAGAGAAUAGAGCUAAACGUGGUGAUCUACAGUAGUCUUAUUGAUGGGUUUGGGAAAGUAGGCAGGAUUGAUGAAGCUUACCUUAUCUUGGAGGAGCUUAUGCAGAAAGGAUUAACACCUAAUGUUUACACGUGGAACUCGUUGCUUGAUGCGUUGGUGAAAGCUGAGGAAAUCAACGAAGCUCUCGCUUGUUUUCAGUCUUUGAAAGAGAUGAAAUGCACGCCGAACCAAGUUACUUACGGUAUCUUGAUCAACGGUCUCUGUAAAGUCAGGAAGUUCAAUAAAGCCUUUGUCUUCUGGCAAGAGAUGCAGAAGCAAGGGAUGAAACCAAGCACUGUUUCAUACACCACCAUGAUCUCAGGACUUGCAAAGGCUGGGAACAUUGCAGAGGCUGGUUCGCUGUUUGAUCGGUUCAAGGCCAACGGUGGCGUACCGGACUCGGCUUGCUACAAUGCUAUGAUUGAAGGUCUGAGUAAUGGAAACAGGGCGAUGGAUGCUUAUUCGUUAUUUGAGGAAACGCGUAGGAAAGGAUUGAAUAUUCAUAACAAAACCUGCGUUGUGCUUUUGGAUACUUUGCAUAAGAAUGAUUGUCUUGAGCAAGCAGCUAUAGUGGGAGCUGUUUUGAGGGAAACGGGAAAGGCAAAGCACGCUGCACGAUCUUGGUAGGGAGUAGUUACUUGUUUUCUUGUAUAGGACAAGAAGAAAAACGUUCCUGAUUGUGUCUGAUACCAAUCAAGGGGUCGCUCUGAACGUUUUUGAUCUACAAGGAUCACAAGUUUUGGAGAUGACAAGCUACUUCUGCACCUGAAGAAGAAGAAGCAGAAAGUUGAAGAAGAAUGUCACCGGAAAUGAAUUUCAUAUCACUGCAAUGUAACACAUAGCACGAGUUUGAUCUUUUAUGAUCCUAUCCUGAUUCCUGAGCUUGAAAGCCUACUCUUUUUUUUUUUGGGUCAAAAGCUUGAAAGUCUACUUAUUGUAUUACUUCGGACGAAUGAUUUGCAGGUUUUGUUAGACGAGAAAGAUGCAUUGAAAUCUAAAGCAAAACUGUUUACGUAGCUUGUCGAUGUAAUUAAGAUAAUACAAAAUCAUGUGGUUACUAUCAUAGAUAACUUCAUUAAUUGAUAGGUUUGGUGUGUGAAAAAAACACACAAAGGUGCA